GGCAGCCAACCGCCAGUAAACAGAAGAAGAAGAAGAAGAAGAAGAAGAGGAAGAAGAUCUAAUCAUGGCAACUGCAACGACCCCAGUUGGUCAAGAUCAACCGACCAAAGCAGUUUCUCCCCCCGUCGUGUUUGAUUUGUCUCAGCCUCCGGUUAUCGAGGGAUUCUCCCCGCUGCCAAGAGCGAAGGAGGAGAAUUUUAAAGACAAAUUCAUCAGGAAGACCAAAGAGAAUCCAUUCGUCCCUAUAGGUUGUUUGGGAACAGCAGGAGCAUUGAUCUACGGCCUCAGUGCCUUCAGACGGGGCAAAACUCGACAGUCCCAGCUGCUAAUGAGAGCCCGUAUCUUCGCUCAAGGCUUCACCGUCGUUGCUAUUAUAGUGGGUGUAGCUGCCACAGCACUGAAGCCUAAGCAGUGAAGAGAAGACACCAGACCCUGUUUGACCAAACUGACAAGCGCCUUAUAUGGUCGAUGGGUGAAAUGUGAUGUGAAUAUGGAAUGAACUGAACAUUAAAUGGCAAUUUUUCGCAUUUGUAUUUUCUUUACAGAAAAAGGUCCAGUGUAAGAACUCUUAUUGUAGAUCUACAGGUGGUAGACGGCACUAUUAGCAAAUUGUAUCAAUAUGCCACACUUAUACAAACAUUUAAAGGUAUAGUUCACCCCAAAAUGAAAAAUCUGUUUUACAAUCAUUAAGUGACCCUCAAGUUGUUCCAAACCUGAAUGAGUUUAGAAGAACAUAUUUUGAAGAAUGUUGGUAACCAAACAGUUGAUGAUAGCCAUUGACUUUAAUAGUAUGGAGAAAAAAAAAAUUAUUAUGGAAGUCAGUGGUUACUCAUAUUCUUUAAAAUAUCUUCUUUUGUGCUUAACAUAAGAAAGAAACUCAUACAGGUUUGGCACAACUUGAGGGUAAGUAAAUGAGGAUUUUCAUUUUUGGGUUAAGUACCCCUUUAUACCCACUAUUUAAUUUAAAGAGUCACAAAAUUGUCUGGUUGACAGGCAUAGUACCUGUUUUUCCAUGUUGAUGACCAUUGCUUGAAACAUUACAAUGCACUUUUGUUUUUUUAUUUAACCUACAUUUUCUGUUAGUAUUUAGAAGGACUACAUAAGGUGCUGUGUAUUUGCUAAUGGGAAUUGAUAAUGAGAAUUAGUGAUAUUACAUUUUAAAAAGUCACAAUAAAUAUAGUCUGAAUGCA